GCCCCGGGCGGCCCUCGCUCCGCUCCGCUCCGGCAGCGGCCGCCGGCGCGAACAAAGGCGGCGGCGGCAGGCGGCGGUGGCGGCGCGGCCGUGCGCGGCAGCCCGCCCGCCCCUGCUUCCUGGGCCGGACCAGGCGAGGCGGCCCCCGCCCCGCCGCGAAGCGGAGCCGCCGCCGCAGCAGCGCCGGUCGCGGGGCGCGCUCUCCGCCCGUCGCGGGAGCUGCAUGUGCGCGGGAGCCGCGGCGGAGGAUGGCCGUGCUCAAGCUCGCCGACCAGCCUCCACUGGUCCAGGCCAUUUUCAGUGGUGAUCCAGAAGAGAUACGGAUGCUGAUUUACAAAACUGAGGAUGUCAACGCCUUGGAUGCUGAGAAAAGGACACCUCUUCACGUUGCAUCAUUCCUGGGGGAUGCAGACAUCAUUGAGCUUCUCAUUUUGUCAGGCGCUCGUGUCAAUGCCAAGGACAAUAUGUGGCUGACUCCUCUCCAUCGAGCAGUUGCUUCAAGAAGUGAAGAAGCCGUGCAGGUGCUCAUCAAGCACUCGGCCGACGUCAACGCCCGCGACAAGAACUGGCAGACGCCGCUGCACGUGGCCGCCGCCAACAAGGCCGUGAAGUGCGCGGAGAUCCUGAUCCCCCUGCUGAGCAGCGUCAACGUGUCGGACCGCGGCGGGCGCACGGCGCUGCACCACGCCGCGCUCAACGGCCACAUCGAGAUGGUGAACUUGCUCUUAGCCAAGGGGGCAAACAUCAAUGCCUUUGACAAAAAGGACAGAAGAGCUCUUCACUGGGCAGCGUACAUGGGUCACCUGGAAGUUGUUGCCUUACUGAUUAAUCACGGUGCAGAAGUGACUUGUAAAGACAAGAAGGGUUACACCCCACUGCAUGCAGCUGCAUCCAAUGGGCAGAUUAACAUUGUGAAACAACUCCUUAACCUGGGGGUGGAGAUUGAUGAGAUGAACAUCUAUGGAAAUACUGCACUUCACAUUGCCUGCUACAACGGUCAGGACUCUGUUGUUAAUGAGCUGAUUGACUAUGGUGCUAAUGUAAAUCAGCCUAAUAACAAUGGAUUCACCCCCUUGCAUUUUGCUGCUGCCUCCACCCAUGGAGCUCUGUGUCUUGAACUACUAGUGAAUAAUGGGGCAGAUGUUAAUAUUCAGAGCAAGGAUGGGAAGAGCCCCCUGCACAUGACAGCUGUCCACGGGAGGUUCACGCGCUCGCAGACCCUCAUCCAGAACGGAGGGGAAAUCGACUGUGUAGAUAAGGAUGGUAACACCCCUCUGCACGUGGCUGCAAGAUACGGACAUGAGCUUUUGAUCAACACCCUCAUAACCAGUGGAGCCGAUACUGCCAAGUGUGGGAUCCACAAGAUGUUCCCUUUACACUUAGCAGCCCUGAAUGCCCACUCAGACUGCUGCAGGAAAUUGUUGUCAUCGGGCUUUGACAUAGACACCCCCGACAGCUUCGGGAGAACGUGCCUGCACGCGGCCGCCGCCGGAGGUAAUGUAGAAUGUAUAAAACUCUUGCAAAGCAGUGGAGCAGAUUUUAAUAAGAAGGACAAAUGUGGAAGGACACCUUUGCACUAUGCAGCUGCAAAUUGUCAUUUCCACUGCAUUGAGACCCUGGUGACAACAGGAGCCAAUAUCAAUGAGACAGACGACUGGGGCCGCACCCCUUUGCACUACGCUGCUGCCUCCGACAUGGACCGAAAAAGAAAGAAUAUUUUAGGUAACUCCCAUGAAAAUGCUGAAGAACUUGAAAGAGCCACUGAGAUGAAGGAAAAAGAAGCUGCAUUGUGUCUCGAGUUCCUCCUCCAGAACGAUGCCAACCCCUCCAUCCAGGACAAGGAGGGAUACAACACCGUGCAUUACGCGGCUGCCUACGGGCACCGGCAGUGCCUGGAGCUGCUUCUGGAAAAAACCAACAAUAUAUUUGAGGAAUCUGAUUCUGCAGCUACAAAAAGUCCUUUGCAUUUAGCUGCCUACAAUGGUCACCAUCAAGCUCUGGAGGUACUUCUGCAAUCUCUGGUGGAUCUGGACAUUAAGGAUGACAAGGGACGCACUGCUCUGGACUUGGCUGCCUUCAGAGGACAUGCAGAGUGUGUGGAAGCUCUCAUCAGCCAGGGUGCUUCUGUCACUGUAAAGGACAAUGUCACCAAAAGGACCCCCCUCCAUGCCUCAGUCAUCAAUGGCCAUACCCCUUGUUUACGGUUGUUGCUGGAAGUUGCAGACAACCCUGAUGUGACAGACGCCAAAGGACAAACUCCAUUAAUGCUUGCAGUGGCAUAUGGGCACAUUGAUGCUGUUUCUUUAUUACUUGAAAAAGAAGCAUCUGUAGAUGCAGCUGAUCUCCUGGGAUGCACAGCUUUACAUCGAGGGAUCAUGACUGGGCACGAAGAAUGUGUUCAGAUGCUGUUAGAGAAAGAAGUCUCUAUUCUGUGUAAAGAUGCCAGAGGCAGGACCCCUCUGCACUUUGCAGCAGCUCGGGGUCACGCCACGUGGCUGAGCGAGUUACUGCAGGUGGCACUUGCUGAGGAGGACUGCAGCCUGAAGGACAACCAGGGCUACACACCCCUGCACUGGGCAUCCUACAAUGGUCAUGAAAACUGCAUAGAGGUACUCUUGGAACAAAAACUUUUCCACAAGUUCUAUGGUAACAGCUUCUCUCCAUUGCACUGUGCCGUAAUCAAUGAUCAUGAAAACUGUGCAUCACUACUCAUCGGAGCCAUUGACGCCAGCAUUGUCAACUGUGAGGAUGACAAAGGAAGGACGCCCCUGCACGCCGCAGCCUUCGCAGACCACGUGGAGUGCCUGCAGCUGCUGCUGAGCCACAGCGCGCGGGUGAACGCGGCCGACCGCGCCGGCAGGACGCCGCUCAUGAUGGCAGCGCACGGCGGGCACGUGGGCGCCGUCGACUUUUUGGUGAACAUUGCCAAGGCUGACCUGACAUUAAAAGAUAAGGAGUUGAAUACACCUUUGCACUUGGCUAGCAGUAAAGGUCAUGAAAAAUGUGCCUUGUUAAUACUUGACAAGAUCCAAGAACAGAGCCUUAUUAAUGCAAAAAAUAAUGCAUUGCAGACACCUCUUCAUAUUGCUGCACGAAAUGGCCUGAAGAUGGUGGUUGAAGAGUUGCUGGCCAAAGGGGCCUGUGUCCUGGCAGUAGAUGAAAAUGGUCAUACACCAGCCCUGGCUUGUGCUCCUAACAAAGACGUGGCUGACUGCCUGGCACUCAUUUUGGCUACCAUGAUGCCUUUUUCUCCCUCCAGUUCAGUGACGGCUUUCAACUUCGCUUGUUUUAAAAAAGACAAUUUGGGCAGGACGCACCUCUGCGAUGGCUCCGCUGUGGGCAGCAUUAACUCUUAUGAUAAGCCCUUGAGUAAUAACAUAGGAACAGAGGAUGGGUACAAUGAAAAUGAUUCGGAUUCUGAAACAUUUUGACUCAUUUGUAUUCCAAAACUUUUUUCGUUAUUGUUUCUUUUUGGCUUUAAUUUUUGUCUUUUUAAACAGCUUAAAUCCCACAGUUAUAUUCUUAACUUUUAUUCUUUACAAGUAGGUAUUGAAAGAUUUGUAGUGCCGGUGAGAAUCGAGCCUUUUAAAUAACAAAAUUAGAGGGAUUUAUUGGAACAUAUUCCUAUUAGAGUUCUGCAGCUUUUCAGUUUCCUGAUGUUUUCUUUAGGCCCAAAGUGCCCCUGUGGAAAGUCUCUACCUCUUAUUUUAAGUAGAAAAAGAGAAAAUGCCUUUUUUUCUUUUUGACAGCACAAGUAAACAGGGAACUGUUUGUAAAGAGUUCUUUCGUGUUUUAGCUGCACCUUUAGUGCACAAUCCUAUUUCCAGCACACCCUACAGAGAUUUGAGCAUCCCCCCUUUCCUAUGUUUGUCUGUUUCCUGCUUCCAGGGGCUCUGUUAAUUCGAUAAUUUUUUUACAUGAACCAAAGGUAAAGUUGUAAUCUUAAAAACUGCCUGUAUUACUUUUCUACAGGAAAUGAAACAUUUUACAUUCUGCCUGUAUUAAGCACUUAAACGUACAGAAGGCACUUUUUACAGUUCUUAGUUGCAGUACACAAUUAGAGAAAUGUAGUUGUUAACCCUAAAGGCCAAAUUCUGCUCAUCUCAUAUUUUCCCAUGAACAUCACUUCUGUAAAAUGCUAAUCACUUGGCCCUUAUUUUUUUUUUUUCAAUUCAGCACAAAUGUUUAUUUGCACUACAGAAUUAGGGUCAUUAGAUGUUUCUGUCACCUGAGCCAUUAAUCAUGAAUCCAGUACCAGUAAAAAAAGGGGAGAGGGGGAGAAAUCAUGUGUAGACAAAGGUGUAUGUAAAAGUUUCUAAUGAUUUGCCAACUUAAAUGGCGCUUUUUUUCCUUUUCUAUGGUUAAAUAAUUUAUUUUUACUGUAAGCAGUAUUGAAUUUUAAAAUACUUUUGCCAGUGUUUGGAUUAACAGAGCAAAGGUAAAGCAAUGAAAGCCUAACACCAAAAGUUGAAAUACCAAACGCCAGAAAGAGCCGUGUACCAUGUAGGGGACCAGAGAUAGAAGCUAAAAAGCCUUUUGUCACCAGCUUUUAAAGCAGUGUCAACUUUGUGAAUAUGUUUACUCCUUCUGCCAAAGUUUCUAGGUCAAAUGGACCCCGACCCACCUCUGCAACAGAUGUACAAAAGGAAGAAUGAGACUUUGUAAACAAAAACAAAAAACACAAACAAAAAACUAUCAUGAACUAACCAGCCGUACCAAGAGGACCAAAAUGCUUCAGUAAUUCAGUUGAAGACUUUGCUACUUUUA